GGCGGGUGCGACGCCGGCACUGAGGUUUUCUAAUAAUAGAAACCUAGCUCGCUAGUCGCUUCAAACAAAAACGGUGCAUUAAACUAAACUUUUCUUUUAUCGGCGUUGCCAUAGGAAACUAAGCUAUUUACCCAUCAUAAUAACCUAAAACCAAAUAAUAUUGUGGUUGGGAUUUAAUCAAGGUUAAAAUUUGAGUCAGCUGAUUUGCCGAAGCCAGUUAUCGAUCGAUACUACAAGCUAGUGGAUAUGUGGUAAGGACGCCGAAGUGAAAUAUAAUGAUUUUCGACGAUUUGCACAAGCUUUUCCUUUACCAAAAGCUGAAUUUGGGAUUCGAGUGCCAGUUGUGCAAGCAGAAGUUUUACAAUAGAAACGAGCAUUUGGAACAUUCGAGGAUCUGUCAAAAAGUUCCGGAUCUAAAAUGUACAAAAUGUGGGAAGACGUUUGGCCAUGUUCGUAUUCUCCAGCUUCACAUGCAGUUUCACAAUGUGAGCGAGUCUUUGGGGCAUCAGUCACCUGAGAAAGAGUCAACAACUGUCAGUGAAACUACAACACUAUCAGACAAUGGCAGUGGCAGCAGUGAACUCAAAGCUAAUAGUAAACACAUUCGAGAAGAGAUCAAAACAGAUGUGAAAACUAUUAACAAAACCACUGCAACUUCUACCAGUUGUGUAGGAAGCGUUGAUGGUAAAAAUAGCAUGUCUAACUCUUUUAAAAUAUUAGAACUCAGUGAACCAAAGAAAAAGUCUAGUCCAAGAACAAAAGUAAAGCCAAAACCAGCGAAAAAGCAAGUUGGCCUAACAAAGAUCAGGAUGGAGGAUUGUUUGCGAUGUGAUGCUUGCUCUUGCAUUUAUAUUGACGAGAAAGAUUAUUACAAACACAUGAGGAACUUUCAUCAUAAAGAUGUGAAUAAAACACCAACCAAGCAACAGAGAUCCAAGAGGAAGUGUCAGUCGUGUUGUAAGCAGUGCCGAGGCUCGCACUGUCUUCCUGUCAAACGUCCCCGAGCCACACAACCAUCAAGCAACCUCAUAUUUAGGUUCAGCAUGAAGGACAAUAUCAAGAAUCGAUGGAGCAAAAUGUUAUCACAACAGCUGACUGAAAGUUCACUGGCAGGUUCAACACCUGGACUUUGUGAACCGGAACUGGUCAACAUCAAAUCAGAUCUGGACAGAAUCAAACAAGAACCUGAGCCUGACCUGAGCUACCUUCUGAGUCAGGUAGAGGUGAAAAUCAAGACUGAACCUCCAGACGAUUAUUGACAAAAUUUUAGUUUAUCGAAUCUUAUAUUCAAGGAACCAAAGAUUUCAUUUCCUUAUGAGUGUAUUCAUAGACGCAGACUGCUCCUCCAGGGGCAGUCUGCUCCACUUCUAGGGAAAUAGUAACAUUAAAUUACCAUAAAGACAAGAGGAGAGCGUAAUCAGCUAUCUAUAUCUGAUGCUGGGAAAACCCAACUUAAGGAUUAAAGAACAUAAAUCAUUUAGCUAAAGGAUCAACUAUUGUAUUAAUAAAGAGGUAUCGGCGGAUAAACUCUUAAAAAGUCAUUCCUUGGUAUCAGGAAAUAUAAUUUACAACUCUUUUUGGAAAAUACAAACUUUUUGAGUCCGUCUAAUCCAAACUAAUAAGACCGAACACUGUUUGGAUUGGCCGAAAUAAUUUAAAUAAGGUUGAACCUCAAUUACUCCUACAGUACAGUAGAACCCUGGGUGAUUUGGGAGAGGGAGAUCACGAAUAAUCAAAACCAGGAUAAAUCCAACAUGGAAAAAACAUAUAACAAAACAAACAACUCAAAAACCGACAAUUUAAUACUCUGUAAAUAGACAUUAAUGUCAUUCAUCAUUAGCGUUUUUACAUAAAUAAAAUAACAAUAUUGCGCAAUCAUAAAUAUUGUGUUAUAGUCUAGUUUAUUUCCAUUUUAAAACUCAAGACUAAUUCCAAACUUUUCAAGACUAGUUUUUUCAACAAUUUGUGAUGUGUCAAUACCAAAAUGUAUAGGUUCUCAAUUCUUGAGACUAUUAAAAAUUUGUAUAGUUUUACAAAAUUUUCAAAAUAAUUUGGUUAUACUACACCAACUCCUGUCUUUAUGUCAUAAAGUUAUUAAGAUAAUGGGGUUUUAACAAUUAAAGAAAAAAAUGAAGCUAUGAAAAGUUCUAUCCAGCCAAUGGGUUUUAAAACUCUUCUUAACACAUUAAAUAACUACCAUAUCAAGGGUAAAUGAAGAUCUAACGACGAAAAGAAUAUUUUAUUAUAACUAGAGGUGUGCCAGCCUGAUAUUUUCAUUCAAGCCAAACUAGCGGUAAUCAUCCCAUAGUACCAUACAGCGUAUCAUCUGCAAUCAUGGUAGACUUCUGGGAUUACUGCAACGUAAAUUCACAAAUAUUUCCCACCUGUCAUGUGGACAUCAUCAUCACGCUGGGCGCUAGUGUCAACAAAGUUUUGUUUAUAUUAUUUUAGGGUUAAUUUAUUGAUUUGUGCUUUACUGUUUGGUUAUAUAACUAGGGGACAAGUUAUUGUUUAUGAUUAGAUCGGACUACAGUAUUUGGCUAAACGAGGUUUUAAAUUACUGUAAUAACAAGAAACAAAUUCUAAACAAAACACGACCUCUACAUAAACCGUACAGAACAAUAAAAUCGUCUUCAGCAAAAAACACCAUAUGGAAGGUUUCCAUAAGGAUGAGAAAUCUACUAAGGGAAUAUGUUUUAUCUAUGAUAUAACUAUGGGCCUAUUUAUUUUCUAUCCCAGUUUCAAGAACAUAUAUUAGUAUUAGAUUUACAACAGACAACAACAGCAAAGGUAAAUAUAAUAAUUUGCCGAAACAGUUGAAUAUACAGCAAAAUCCAUUUUAACACACUAGGAUUAAGAAAUAUAAUUUUAAAACAUUUCUAGGUAUUUAGUCUUGUAAAAUAUAUAUUUUUACAUCAGGGGAAAUUAUUUACAAAAAUUUCUGGAACUUGUUUGAAUUAAGCGGACAUUCGUAUUACCCGUGUUCUGCGGGACCGUUCGAGUGUAGUUACAUUUUAAUGUAGGUACUUUCAAUAAUUUAAUUUAAUAUUUAUUAGAAUUAAAAUUCUAAAUAUAAAUUAUCUGUAAUCGGCGAUGAUGUAAAAUAGGUUAAUUUUUUUUAAUUGUCAAACUUUUAUGUCAAUAUUAGUUUACUAUGGUGUUAUGUAAUUUGACUUGAGUGAUUUUCUAGUCGAUAUAUUUACUUGAUUCAUGUGCUUUGUAAACAAUCUCUAGUCCAGUUAUUUUGUUGUACUUAAUAAAGUGAAAGUAAACCAUGUUCAAAUUAAUUUAUUUUAAA